UGUGCCUGUGGGGAUGCUGCUGGAGCCACGGGGCUGUGCUGCUGCUCUGCAGCUGGGGCCAUGCUUUUCCCCUCAGCCCCCAGCCUCUUCCCUGCUGCCCUCGACUCACCCAGAGGUGGUCUCAGCUCGGUGGGUCCCAGGGAUGUGGUUGGCUGCCGGUGCCCUCCAUCCCUGCGGUUUCCCUGGAUCUGAGGGCUGUGAGGAGUUCCCCGUUUGCAGUUCUGAGCUCAGAGCUGAAAUCCAGAGCUGAAAUCCAGGAGCAGACGUCUCGCCCUGGGCGGAAAGCAGUGGCAGCUCCCGACCCACCGCCGCAGCCGCCCAUGGGAUGGGGGGCUGCCGUCCCAUCGCUCCGUUCUCCCUCAGCUGCUGAGCAGUAACGUGGUGAACGACCUGAUCCUGCUGGAGAGCGUGAUGGACAGCAUGACGGGGCGGCAGAAGGACCCGUGUCUGCUGGUGCGCGUGCUGGCGCUGCGGGGGCUGGGCAACAUCGCCGUGGGGGCACCCGAAAAGGUGCAUAAGCAUGGGGCCAAGCUGCUGGCGUCCAUGGUCAAUGGCAUGGAUGACAGAGACGAUCCCAACAACCUGGUGGCUCUGGAGGCCAUGACCAGUCUGUCCAAGCUACUGGAGCACCUGGAGGAGAGGGACGUGCAGGCCACGCUCCUGCACAUCGCCAUCAGGAUCCGGCCCUUCUUUGACAGCGAGCAGCCCGACCUCCGCUGCUCAUCCAUCGUCCUCUUCGGCAACCUGACCAAAUUCAGCGAGGGUGACAGCGAGGCGUUCUUCGAGCAGAUCCUCAACGGGCUGGUGACGUUGCUGCUGCACCUCCAGGACCCCAAACCCGAGGUCGUCAGGGCCUGCAAGUUCGCUCUGCGCAUGUGCGGCCCCAACAUGGGCUGCGAGGGGCUGUGUGACAUGUUCCUGAACCACCUGCGGGAGGACCGGAGCCUGCACUACGGCGAGUUCAUGAACAACGUCUGCAAGCACCUGAUGCAGAGCUACCCGGAGAUGCUGAACCGUCUGGUUCUGACCAACCUCUUCUACUUCAAGAGCUCCUGGGUGGACAUCCGAGCAGCUGCGCCCAUGUUCAUCGGGUUCCUCGUGCUGCACGUGGGGGAGGACCAUUGCCACCAGGUGGACCUGGAGCAGCUCAUCUCGGGUGAGUGCCAUGGGGGGACCCCAUGCCGUGCCCACCCUGCGACCCCGCAGAGUCCUUCCUCACGGCCAGAGGGACGUUGAGGUGCUGAGUGUGUC